UUUUUAAAAUUUCAAUCGACUCAACUGGCCACAUCUUAUUGGUCGCGCUAUCUCGAACGUCCGAGAAAAAGAAAAGUGGUUUCGUACAAGCUGUAGGACUUGGGGGCUCGAUCAUGAAUCUUUUUCUCCAGCGUGAAAGGCGAAACAUUUCAUUAACGAAUUCAAUAUUUGUCAAAUUGCACUUUUCACGAGUUCACGUUCGAGGGGAAGAUUCGCGAUUGAUUAGCGAAAACAAAAUCAGCUGUUCGAGGCACGUUGGGUCAGCUUAGGUUAGAACGCGGUGCCGCGUGCAUACAUUGCCGUAUCGCUCGCCGAGAGAUCUACAAGCUCGACGGUUUGCCCGGACUCCAAUUGACAAUGCAAGCGAGGCGGCUGACGCUCGCGCUCGGCAAGCAGCUGCACGAGCGUUCACGCCCCGCGGAUAACGCGCUCGCCCAGGCGGCGCGCGGCUACAGCGUGGAUCACGAGAAACGCUGGCAGAAGUGGGUGGAGAAAGAGGAGGAGGCGGUGACGCCAAAAGCCGGGGACGAGCAGUCCAAGAGGAUCUUGUGGUUUCCCACGAGCGCGGCCAAGGAGACCGACUUCUCCCUGAUUAACAUCGGCAAGUGGUACAAACAUCAGCUGGCCACGUACUCCAAGAUCACUCAGCAGUUCCAACCGGAGCGGCACGAUAUACUGGGCGCCGACUUGGCCACCGCUCACUUCCUCGUCAGCCGUGGCGGCCGCAUCAAGUUCCGCGGCCACGAUCACUGGGUGGAGCGCGACGAGAAGGGCGCGUACGACCUGCCCGGCACCUACAACCCGAACUACGUUCUCGAGGAGGCGGACGCCAGCGGGGUGGACCUGUACUACGAGGGCCUGAGCAACCUGUGCGGCCUCACGAGGCUCAGGUGGCUCAGCCUCAAGGGCUGCAGGAACAUCGACGACUGGGGCCUGGACAAGAUCUCGGCAGAGUUUCCCAAGCUGGAGCACUUGGACAUCUCAGAAUGCGAGAGGAUCACCGAGAGGGGACUGGAGUGCCUGUACAGGAUGGCCGGUUUGAAGAAGCUGGUCGUGACGAAUCACCACGGAUCCGUCGCGUUGGAGCUGAGCUGCUUCAUGCUGGAGGACUGCAUACCGGGACUGACCUGCGAGAUUCUCCCGCCCGAGGGGAGACCGAAAGACUAGCGCCGAUAAAAGACUAGAAAUAGUACAGCUUAUAAGACACCACGACGUAUUUAUCAUUAUUUACAAAGUGUUUAAUUGUUACUCGCACAAUCUCAAUCGCUGGGCGCCGCAAGUCGCAAAUGCUCGACAGAAGUACUACUGGACAUAAGCGAAACAACGCGAGCAGUAAAUUUGUACAGAAGUCGUUAACUUUUGUACAAAUAAAGUGUUCUUUAUCUCA